AUGAAGCUGCUGUGCGCAAUGCUCUGCUUAGGCAGUGUUCUCGGCUCUUUCGUUCCAAUUUUCAAUUUUCAUCAACUCCAACUUCCUUUUGUUUCUUCUCCUGAUUCCCUCGAAAUGGGAAUGACAUGGAAACUCGCUAUGAAUUUCUCUCUUCAAGAAGGAGGCCUAUACGCCAAUGAGCACCGACUAUAUCCGCCAUCAGGUGAAAUGCAGCUCCAAGCGCCCCUCUAUAACGACGCAAGCCAAUAUACACACAAUGGCAAGACCGUGCAAUUGUCCCACUCGCUCGAGACCCAGAUAGUUCACAAAAGCGAGAUAGGCACUAUAGAAGAUACGACUCUUGUUCGAAUCGAGUUUCUCGAUCUGCGGGGCAACCUAGUAUCACCGCACGCAGUAGCCAUCCACCUCCAUGUCUGUGAAGAUGGUAAAUUUGAAAUGGACCGUUUCCGUAUUGAACCAGCCCGCAGUGGCAGUCGAGGCGAUAGCUCAUUACGGAAGAGUCCGCUGUGGGUGGUGAAGUAUUGGGAAUUACAAUCCGGUACCAUUUCGGACACAAUCGAGAACACGCCGCCGGCCCCCGUGUCAGCCCCAGGUACAAACAAUUCCACAUUGCGCGGCACUGGCGAAAAAUACUUUUCAGUCUGGACUCCCCGGGCGCCCUCAAAUCUGACGGUUUAUCUUGUAUCGUCGUCUACAUCAUUCUCCCUGCUUUGCUGUGUAUUGCCGUUGGGCUGGUGGCUUGUUUGGUCGGGUUCUCCAUCGGACGCCUGCCGAUGA